UGAUGUCUGAUAAAUUGGAACUGAAAACGCAUAUUUUUGGAUGUUUAUAAGAACGUAUUAAUAUAUUACUUAUGCUUAUAUUUAUUGAUAAAAUUAUUAGAAUUAUUUCCUGAAAUUAUAAAACAAAAUGGACAGCAUAGGGGCGGAAGUCGGGCAAAAAAUGAGAUCUGCAAUCAAAGCAAAACUUUUAGAACUUAAUUGCUAUGUAGAUGAUGAAUUACCUGAUUAUAUUAUGGUAAUGGUAGCGAAUAAACGAACAAAAUCACAAAUGAACGAGGACUUGAAUUUGUUUUUAUCUACUAAAACUUCAACCUUUGUUGACUGGUUGCACAUUGUGUUAAAGAAGUUAAAGGAAGUUACGGUUACAAAUCCAGAGGUUUAUAAGAAGGUUACUAAGAGAAAAUUGACAGAGGCACCUGAUGUUAAAGUUAAAAAAGAGAAGAAAGAUUUGGUAUCGAUUAAAGAAAGAAAAGAACGAAUUAUAAACACGGAAAUGGAGCAUACUGAUUCAUUAACGGAUAAUUUACCAGUUAAUUCAAAUCGACUGUCUGAACAAAGAAAAAUAACUGUUGUGAAUGAAAGUAGUAGUAGUAAUAAUAAUGAUAUUUUUGAUAUUCCCUUGCUAUCACAAGUUAAUAACAUCUCUAGUGAAAAAGACCUGCAGGAGAUCGAAAGAAAGAUAAAAAGUGUUAAGAGUAGGCUUGGAUUAUUAGUUGACAGCGAUAUAGAAGAAGAACUUCCUGAAAUUAAGUCUGAAAGAGAUGGGCAAAGGAAUAAACAGAAGAAAAUUAAUAAUCCUAAGACUUUGACAUAUAUUCAAAGUGAACUUGACGAUGAAAACGAUAGAGUAAGUAAAAAUGAAGAAACCGGUUUAUCUGUAGCCGAGGAACCUACAAUUAGUAAUACAAGUUUUGAGAAGAAAACUGAGCAUAAACGUAUUACUUUUGAGGAAGAAAGUCCUCCUAGAAAAAUAUCAAUAUUAAAAAGAUUAGGUAGCAGACCAAAUGAUAAUUUAAAUAUAAAUCCGUUGAAAACUAGGAUAAGUUUAUCCGAAUUUAGAAAAGAGGAAGAACCUUUUCUGAAAUAUUCUAGUGAUAAAAAGAAUGAGGAAAGGCUAAGAGACUGGAGAAGGAGGAAAGAAUACAGAACAGAUAGAAGUAGGAGAGAAAAUGACUCUCGGAGGAGUUCUUCUGAAGAAAGAAGAAGAGAUAGGUCCAGGGAUAGGAACAGAGAUAGAUCUGUUGGUACUAGGUCUAGCCUAAGGAAGGAAGGAAUUCUAAGUAGACUUGGCGUAAUGUCAAAGGUUUCUGUACCUGUAAAAGAACCGGACGAGCCAGAACCCGAAAAUGAAUUGAAAACACGAGAAGUAAGGAGCAUGGUCCAAGUAAAACCCCGUAUUAUCCCAUCUGGAACACCACAGCCUAAUAAGAACCUUCUUCUAAAAGCGGUGGCUGAAGCUCAAAGAAGUGUGGCCCAAACACCACAUGUGGGAUCUCACUCGAAGUCCAUUUCUUUGAAUUCGGAGGUAACAAGGGACAGUGAAAAAAAUGUAGAAGAGGAAGCUCCGGUUAUGAGAAAGUUUUCGCAAAGGGAAAAGAAUAAACUGAAGCAUUUAAUUCUCUCUCAUGCCUCACAAAGUAAAGCGAAUAACAGUGAAGGUGAUGGAAAAAGUGAGGAGGAGUAUAUACCUAAGCCUAUUAAAGAAUGCCCAAAAGAGACGCCGAAGUAUAUACCUUCUCAUCGAUUAUCAGGGGAUCUAAAAGAUAACGCUGAAAUUCAUCAACAAUUUAUCGUUACACUUGACGGGAUCGAAAAAAAAUUCAGUGAACCCAAGUCAUCUAUUAAAGAUAGAUUGGACAGAAAAACGUCGCCCGGAGUUCCCUUAAAACUGCCAGUAAAAUCUAGGCUUGAUAUCAAGAAGUCUCCUUCUCCUAUCAUUUUCGACAAGGUUUCUACUUCUCCAGUUAACAGUAAACCCAAUAUACCGGACAAACUUCCCAUAGUACAUCCCUCUCUUUCUGUUAAAAAUAAAGAGAGAUGUAAAUAUUGGCCGAAUUGCCGGCAAGGGGACAAGUGUGAAUUUGUUCAUCCCAGCAGUCCCUGCGAAAUGUUUCCUCUCUGCAAAUUUCGAGAAAAAUGUCUGUAUUUGCAUCCUAAUUGCAAAUUUGGAAGUGCCUGCACAAAGAGGGAAUGUCCUUACAGUCAUGCAGCCCCUGCCAAGUUAAUAUCGAGAACUUCAUCGGGAGCUUCUGCUAAAUUGGCGCCGUUGGGACUUCAGACUUGUAAAUUUUUUCCUAAUUGCACCAACAGUAACUGUCAAUUUUUUCAUCCAAAACCAUGUAAAUUUGGUAAAUAUUGCAAGAAUCAGUCAGAUUGUAAUUUUUCACAUUUUAUUUCAAGUAAAAGUAGCUUGAUCUGGCGAUCCAAGUAAUUUGAUGGAUUUUUUCAGUUAUAGCUCAUUAUUUUAUUAUGUAAUAUAAAUUACAUAUUUGAAAUAUAUAUAUAUCUAUUAAGUAAGUUCAGCGUGUUUUAUUCA